GACAGCUGUCAAACGUGACUUCAUGCAAAAACGAAAAUAUUUUUUUUUUGCGUAGAAAUAGAAAUCAUACAAAAAACGAAUCAUGACAAACACGAGGGUCAUAAAAACCACAGAAAAGAACGUAAACAAGUGAAAUUUGGAGAAACAAUCAGCACACAUGUUGUGAUAUUGGUAUUCACAGGUGCUGAACCACUUUUAGGAAUAUUUUAAUAUAAUUUGCAUACAUGUGCCAUGUCCACAAACACACCAGGCUUAUUGAGCAUCAAACAGCCAGUUCCGAAGAAAACUACACCAGAACAGGAAUCAGUUCGGCCCCUCGCGCGAUUCUUUAUAGCAAACAUUAACUUCUAUUCAUACACUCGAGCGAAAUGGUACGACAACAUCAGCGCCGACUACAAACCUCAUACACACAAAAUAAUCGAACGUUUGAGGGAAGCUGAUCGAUCGAUGCAAAGUGAUAUUGUUACUGGCGAAUGCCUUGAGAAUUGGGACAAAUUCAUGGAGUGCCGACAGACAAUCAAAAUGUUAUCGGAAAAUUGCAUACGGAAAGAGAUGAAACUUUGCCGGAAGGAAAAUGUGGAGCAACAUCUGUGGAAGAUACUGUACUACAAUCUUAUCGAAUUUUUCAAAGUGCUGAUAGCCGAAUCAAAACUGGAGGAACGGACGACGUACUUCCAAACGAAAUUGAAAGCAAUCAUUGAUGAUGGAUUAACAUUUUAUUGUCACAUGCUGGAUGUUCUCCAAACCACAUACAAUUUUCAGCUGACGGAUCUGUUGGAAACGGAUGUCGACCCUAGAGUCAAAUUCAAAGACAACAAAUUCGUUCAGCUCGCCAUGGUAUCGGCGCAGAAAUAUUUUCUAUUUUUGGGAGACUUGUCCAGAUAUAAGGAAACAAAUAAAGCGAACGGCAAUCUGGCCUCGGCUAAGGAAUAUUACUUGAAAGCACAAAGACUGAUUCCAUCGAACGGUGUUCCGUACAAUCAAUUGGCAUUCGUUGCUUUGCAUUCAAAAAAUAAAUUCGCCGCCGUUUACUACUACAUACGCAGCUUAAAGGCGUCGAAUCCCAUUCAAACGGCCAAAGAAAAUCUGAAAGUUUUGUUUGACGAAGCAAGGAAAAGCUACGAGGCAAACCGUAAGACUGCAAUGGAACAUAAAUCGCCGGUUAAAACGGUGAAGGAGGAUUCGAAAAAGUCGAAAACGGAUGAUGAAAACUCUCGUCAGGAGAUUUGGAUUCAUCCAAUCAGUGGCAAAUCGAUGAAUCGACGUACCAUGCAAUUGAUUGAAGAUGAUGACACGGAUGGCACGGAUGGAGAGUUUGAUGAUUUCAAUGGGAAAGAGAUUGCCAAACGCUUCAUGACCAGCUUUGUGAACGUUCACGGAAAACUCAUCACCAAAAUUGGAAUGGACAGCUUUAUGACAUGUGCAAAGCAAAUGCUGAAAGAAUUUCAACGUCUACUGAACUGCAAUCCCAUUCCAUUGAAUUUUCGCUGCUUCCUACAAAUCUUGUGCAUUAAUGUCUACACUAUUUCCGAGGCUCGUAAGAAGACCGCCACGCAAACAAGUAACACUCGUUCCGACAUCUUGGACGCUUCCUUAUCCAUAUCAUUUUGUAUGUUCGAAUUGAUGUGCAGAAAGUUCGUCGAACUAUCGGACUUUGCAUCGUUGCAGCCUUAUUCAGAUCUUCAGCUGUCAAUUCCGGAAGAUGCGGAAAUUAUUUUGCCCUCAAUAAAGACAUGGACAGACUGGAUGGCUUCCAAUGAUGAAUUGUGGAUUCCUUUACAGAGUCUUGCUCAAUAUAAUGUUGGAAGCGGCGCUGACGUUCCACUGUAUUCAUUCAGAAAGUUGAUGAGCUCCCUGAAUGGAAUCGGUGAUUUGCUUAGUGAGUUUAGCUUGAGUCAUACAAAUGGAAACGCGUCAAUGAUAACUCUUCCAGAGGACGUAAUGCUCGAGGGUUUCCCACUGAUAGCUAGUGCUGUCAAGCCAAUUUUUUGUCUGAAAGCGGAGAAGAAAAAAUCGAUUUCGCUGUCGCGACUGCAAGUGAUAUUAGAUAAUGGAAAUAAAAUUUUUACCGCAUACAAUCCCAGUAAGCAAGAAGCUGUAAAUGUUGCACCCCAAUCCACUGUAAAUACCAAGAUAUAUGACAGCUCUACCGAAGAAGAAGAAAUUCUGGAUGAUCAACUCGCUGAUUUAAGCGACAACAAUUCCAACAAUUCACCGGAUAAUUUGUCAGAAAUUCAGAAUUUGAUUAGAAGAAAAAUGGAAUUGGAAAAGCGUCAUAAAUUGCAGACACGAAAGGACCAACGCGUCCAAGAGAUAAUGGAACAAACACAGGUCUCUCAGUGCAUUGAAGUGCGGCCGAAGUAUCUGAUCCCGGACACGAAUUGUUUCAUUGAUUUUUUGGAUCAUCUGAAAGAGCUGGCAGCGACAAAAAAUUUUUAUUACUUACUGGUGCCAACGUUUGUUAUCAACGAAAUCGAAGGUUUGUCGAAGGGUACGCCGCCGUCGGAAGUAAUGAACAAUCAGGUAGAUGUGCCGCCAUCCAAACGAGAAUAUGAACGCUGGGAAAUGGUUGGUAAGGCUGCCAAGGAGUCGCUAAACUUUUUGAAAAAUCGACCACCAAACAUCAAAUGUGUGACCAGCAAAGGAUCAAUCAUGAACACAUUUUCGUUCACAUUUGAAGAAGUGUCAGCGGAACGGGGAUGCAAUGACGACCGGAUACUUUCAUCUGCCGUUAACUUGUGCAAGAAGUCAGCUCUUAAAACGAAAAAUAAUGUACAACAUUUGCUACGAGAAGUGGUGCUAUUAACAACUGAUCGGAAUUUGUGCGUUAAAGCUCUAGCCCAAAAUAUUCCCGUACGACAAGUACCUGAUUUUAUGGAAUGGGAUGUUACCUUUGGAAGUUGAAUAUUUUUGUUGAAAAUUUAAUGGAGAAAAAUAAAAUGUCAGACUGUCGA